GCACGCGGGCACGCGCCGGCUGUCCGCGCGGAGGCAGCGGAGAACGGGGAGCGAUGAUGAUGGCGGAGAGAGGGCGAGUCGCUAUGGUCCCGGGCACUGGGCUGCCCAAACCCGUGCCCAUGAACCUAUUCGCCACCUGGGAGAUCGACAGAUCAUCCCCGAGCUGCGUGCCCAGACUGUGCAGCCUGACAUUAAAGAAGCUGACUGUACUCAAAGAACUGGACAAGGAUCUUAACUCUGUGGUAAUUGCUGUGAAAAUCCAGGGCUCGAAGCGAAUCCUAAGAUCGAAUGAAUAUCUUCUCCCCCCAGGUGGCCUGAUGGAGACCGAGUUAGAGCUCACCUUUUCCUUGCAGUAUCCCCACUUCCUCAAGAGAGAUGCAAACAAACUACAGAUAAUGCUACAGAGGAGGAAAAGAUACAAGAACCGGACAAUUCUGGGUUACAAGACUCUGGCACUGGGGGCAAUCGAUAUGGCGGAGGUCAUGCAGCAUCCCACAGAUGGGGGACAAGUACUUGGACUACACUCCAACAUGAAAGAUUCUUCAGUGCGGGUCGCUGAAAUCAGUAUCUACUCUCUUUCCAGCCAACCAAUCGACCAUGAGGAUAGCAAUGUACAAACAGGGCCUAAGACAAAAGCCUCAGAUCGAUCUCCAGACAUUGAUAAUUACUCUGAGGAUGAAGACGACAGUUUUUCCUCAGAACAGGAAGGUAGUGAUGAUGCAGUUCCCAGCCAGGAUCUUUAUGAUGAAGAUGAUGAGCUGAGAAAAUCUAAGAAGACCCGACGGAAAAUGAUCCGGACAACCUCAAUGACACGGCAACCAAACUUUAAACAGAAAUUCGUUGCCUUGCUGAAGAGAUUCAAAGUAACUGAUGAGGUGCUGGACUCUGAUCCUGUGGACCAGACCCAGGAAGCAGAGGAGGACCUUGAUCUACUGUAUGAAAGCCUGGAAGUUUACAAUCCCAGUGACAGUGGACCAGAAAUGGAGGACAAUGAAAGUGUUCUCAGCACACCAAAGCCUAAACUAAAGCCAUUCUUUGAAGGGAUGUCACAUUCCAGCUCACAGACUGAGAUCGUCAGCCUGCUCAAUCACAGGAGCCAAACACGGGAACAGCCAAGUCCAGCAGAACUCUGUUCAGCAGAGAACAAGAACGUGAGCAGCACCAGUCUGCAGGAGGAGACAACCACUGAGGCUGUAUCCCUGGAUUUGGAGGAGGACGAGACGAUAACUGGAGACUGGAAUAACUUGGAAGCAUCUCUGGAGAAACUACCACCAUUAGCGAAAAUCACAAAAACCGAAUCACAGGUUAUUGUAUCUCCGAGUAAGUCUGAAAGUAGACAGCUGCGACGACCCAGGAGCACUUCACUGAAAGAUCGCCACAACUCAAAGACACAAGGUGACAGAGCCAGCAGUUUCGACAGCGAGUGCUUGCCAGACUCCAGAUUCAACACUCAGGUCCCUCGGAAGUCUGUUUACGAUCAACUGAAUCAGAUCCUAAUUUCAGAUGACCAGCUGCCUGAGAGCAUUAUCCUGGUGAACAUUACAGACUGGCAGGGACAGUAUCUGUACGAACGUCUCCAUGAGAAGAGCCAGCCCAUGGUGUGCACAUGCUCAGUGGCAGAUAUCCAUGCAGCCUUUAACACUAUUGUUACCAGGAUACAGAGAUUCUGUAACUGUAACUCACAGAUGCCUCCUCCAGUUAAAGUGGCAGUGGCUGGGGACCAGACCUUCCUCAGCACCAUCCUGAGGUUCUUUGUUGAUCAAUUAGCAAGCAAAACUCCUGACUGGCUGAACUAUAUUCGCUUCCUGAUUGUGCCGCUAGGCUCUCAUCCUCUCGCAAAAUACUUGGCAUCGGUUGACAACAAGUACAACAGCUCCUUCAUGGACUCUGCAUGGAGGGAUCUCUUCAGCAAGCCAGAGCCUCCAACUGCAGAAACGUUUGACAUCAUUGGCCGGAUCAUGCAGUACGUGUCAGGUGCCAACAUGUCACAUCAGCUGCCAAUAUCUGAGGCCAUGCUGACCUACAAACAGAAGAGGAAAAGGAGCCUGUAUUUUGAUUUUUAUAUCAGCCCCGAUGAGGAUUCCUGCCAGAAAUUCAUCCCCUUCGUUGGUGUGGUCAAAGUGGGCAUCGAGGAACAAUCCCUCUCAACAUCAGUUGACUCGGAUGAUGCCACUUUGUGUAACGUUGGUAUCUUGUCUCCGACACCAACAUCUAGCAGCACAGCCUACACAAAGGAUAUGAAUGCCACCCCACCACCUUCGCCGUCUGUCUCAGGAGUCCUGUCUGGAGCUUGCUCGCCAGGGAGUGGAGCUGAAGUGAUGGGCCUGCAGGUUGAUUACUGGACAACACAGCUACCCGAUAAGAAACGAGAUGGUGAUAAACGGGACAUUGGCAACAAGAACACCCUGAAGAGCAACUUCCGGUCCCUACAAGUGACCCGGCUGCCUAACGGUGGGGAGAUGGUACCACCAGCUAGCAUGCUGAUGACAGUGGUAACCAAGGAGAAGAAUAAGAAAGUGAUGUUUUUAAGUAAGAAACCAAGGGAGAAAGAGCUGGACUCUAAGAGCCAAGUUAUUGAAGGAAUCAGCAGAUUAAUCUGUACUGCUAAACAUCAGCAGACCAUGCUCAAAGUCUCCAUUGAUGGAGUCGAAUGGAAUGAUGUCAAGUUCUUCCAGCUGGCUGCACAAUGGCCCACUCAUGUGAAGUACUUCCCUGUGGGAAUAUUCGGCUACUCAAAGACUGCGUGAUAGUUGGGAUCAGACUCUGGGCAGUGCUGCCUGACCUUUACCUGUGGAAUAACUUCAAUUCUGGCACAUACCUCGUGGGUUUUUUUUAUUUAAAAGCCAGAGAGAACAUUUGACACUUUUUUUUAAUUUAAGAGCCACAUGAUUCAGCGUGGAUCACAGACUGUGAGGGCCAGGGCCAGCUAAUCCUUACAGAUGCACUUUCCAGAACAUUGUUGUCUACCUGAAUUCAUAACUUUGAAAUAAAGGGAAAAAAAAGGAAGAAAGCUCCUGGAGUAAAACUCAGUGGAAUCGUAUCAUACGGCACUCUUAUAAACUGUCGAAGAUACGUCACCCUCCAACCUCUGACUGUUCCUACCAUGUGUACAUUCAAAUAUUUAUGUAUGUGUGACUCAGUGUGAAUGUUCAUUUGUACCCCAGUGAGAGUCAGUGUCUGUGGAAUAAUACCCCAGUGAGAAUCAGUGUGUGUGGGACUGUACCCCAGUGAGAGUCAGUGUGUGUGUGGGACUGUACCCCAGUGAGAGUCAGUGUGUGUGUGGGAGUGUACCCCAGUGAGAGUCAGUGUGUGUGUGGGACUGUACCCCAGUGAGAGUCAGUGUGUGUGUGUGGAACUGUACCACAGUGAGAGUCAGUGUGUGUGUGGGACUGUACCCCAGUGAGAGUCAGUGUGUGUGUGUGUGGGAGUGUACCCCAGUGAGAGUCAGUGUGUGUGUGUGUGGGAGUGUACCCCAGUGAGAGUCAGUGUGUGUGUGGGAGUGUACCCCAGUGAGAGUCAGUGUGUGUGUGGGAGUGUACCCCAGUGAGAGUCAGUGUGUGUGUGUGUGGGAGUGUACCCCAGUGAGAGUCAGUGUGUGUGUGUGUGGGAGUGUACCCCAGUGAGAGUCAGUGUGUGUGUGGGACUGUACCCCAGGGAGAGUCAGUGUGUGUGUGGGAGUGUACCCCAGUGAGAGUCAGUGUGUGUGUGGGAGUGUACCCCAGUGAGAGUCCGUGUGUGUGGGGGAGUGUACCCCAGUGAGAGUCAGUGUGUGUGGGACUGUACCCCAGUGAGAGUCAGUGUGUGUGUGGGACUGUACCCCAGUGAGAGUCAGUGUGUGUGUGUGGGACUGUACCCCAGUGAGAGUCAGUGUGUGUGUGGGACUGUACCCCAGUGAGAGUCAGUGUGUGUGGGACUGUACCCCAGUGAGAGUCAGUGUGUGUGUGGGACUGUACCCCAGUGAGAGUCAGUGUGUGUGUGGGACUGUACCCCAGUGAGAGUCAGUGUGUGCGUGCGACUGUACCCCAGUGAGAGUCAGUGUGUGUGUGGGACUGUACCCCAGUGAGAGUCAGUGUGUGUGUGGGACUGUACCCCAGUGAGAGUCAGUGUGUGUGUGGGAGUGUACCCCAGUGAGAGUCAGUGUGUGUGUGGGACUGUACCCCAGUGAGAGUCAGUGUGUGCGUGCGACUGUACCCCAGUGAGAGUCAGUGUGUGUGUGGGACUGUACCCCAGUGAGAGUCAGUGUGUGUGUGGGACUGUACCCCAGUGAGAGUCAUUGUUUUUGUGGGACUGUACCCAAGUGAGAGUCAGUGUGUGUGUGGGAGUGUACCCCAGUGACAGUCAGUGUGUAUGAGACUGUACUUGAGGUCCCCACCUCCACUGCUCCUCUCAGUGAUGCUACUUGCCUGUCACUUUGCCCUCAUCUCACCUGCUCCUCUUUCUCGUGGAAUCGAACAGAGAUAUUUGUGAGAUCUGGGCAUAGCCUAGUAGGCUCCAUGACUACUGCAUUAAUUUGAGCGUAUAUGGUGUGUUUCAAACUGCACUGUAUUGCCUGAGUUGAAUGACACGGACCACAUGGUGUGGUGUUGCAGCACUGGGCCGGACGGAUUGCUACAGUGAUGCAUUGGUGAAUGUGUUAGUAAUGUCAUGCUAUCAAUGAAACUGUGUUUGUCACUACCUGGAUGCUGCCAUCAAGCUACUAAAACAUGGUGCCUGCCCCACAAAUGAAUUAUGUGGUAUAUGAAUUGUAAUGCCAGUGUGAUGCCAAUUAUAUAGGCCAUACAGCCCCUAGACUGGCACCUUAUCCCUUUGUCCAUGGCCAACAUACAAGGUGUCGACUGUUUUGAACCAGCCCAUGCUUGGAAAUCCCACAGCAUUAGAUGUGGCUCUGCAAUUGGACAGAAUUCGCCAAAUAACCCUGAGUACAUGAAGAAUUAUAGUGAUUACCAAUUUAGGAUUUCCAGUUUGACUUGUAGUGUGGCUCAUAUGUGUCAAGGAAACCACAUCUGAGUAUACUCAUGGUGCUGUUCUUUGCUGAUAGAAGGAACAUGCAUGUGCACUGCACCUGUUUCAACUCACAAAAUAGGUGACAGCCAUUCCCUGGUGCAUAGAAAUGUAGAAGAUGGGAGCAGGAGGUGACCAUUCAGCCCUUCAAGCCUGCACCCCCAUUCAUCACGAUCAUGGCUGAUCAUCUAACUCAAUAGUCUAAUCCUGCUUUCUCCCCAUAACCUUUGUUCCCAUUCUCCCCAAGUGCUAUAUCUAGCACCUCUUGAAUACAUCCAGUGUUCUGCAUCAACUACUUCCUGUGAUAAUGAAUUCCAGAGGCUCACCACUCUCUGGGUGAAGAAAUGUCUCCUCAUCUCCGUCCUAAAUUGUCUACCCUGAAUCCUCAUACUGUGACCUGUGGUUCUGGACACACCCACCAUGGGGAACAUCCUCCCUGCAUCGACCCUGUCCGGUCCUGUUAGAGUUUUAUAAGACUCUCUGAGAUCCCCGCGUGCAGCCCCCCCCCACCCCAAUUCAUCUGAACUCCAGCAAAAUCAAUCCCAGCCUAGUCAAUUUUUCCUCAUAUGUGAGACCUGCCAUCCCCGGGAUCAGGUGGUAAACCUUCACUACACUCCCUCGAGAGAAGGAGCAUCCUUGCUCAGAAAAGAAGACCAAAGUUGCACACAAUAUUCCAGGUUGAUUUCUCAGGAUAGUACCCUGACCAAUCCAAGUCACACUACCCUGUAUCAACUUUAAAUCCAACUUUGCAGUUAACUGUCAGUCAUCUGUAAUUAGUGCAUUGUCCAUCACAGCAUCGCAACCAACCAAAUCCACUGGCCAAUAAUCUGUCAGCGGUUUAUCCUGACCGUGAACACAUCUCAGGAAAAGGAGUAAAGGUUGAGAAGAUGUAAUGUUUAUGGUGAGCUUAGCCAGUGUAGAAAUUGAAUGUGUGCUGUUGGCAUCAUACUAUUUGCAAACCAGCCAUCCAGCUCACUGAGCUAACCAAUCCUGUGUGGGACUAUACUGAA